CUGUCAGUACAAACAGUUUCUGCUGCACAAAGUAAAGAGUAAAGACCACUGACACAAAAUUCACUGUUUUUAGGUUUAUUGUGAAAAAGUAGUAAUUAUGAUUAACUCUGAAAACCAUGGAAAAGACACAUAUAGUGAAUUAGAAGAUCAUGGCGAUUUGACUGGAGAUGAUAAUCCUCUAUAUUCAAAAAUGUCCAGGUUUACUGUCAGAGAUGAACUGAGCUCUAGGUCUUAUCGAGUGCCAGCAAUGCUUCUUGGGGCCCUAUGUGCAGUAUUUAUUUUUGUUGUAAUAGGACUGAGUGUUCACAUUAACAGAGUGAAUGACAAACAUGGCAUCCUGUCUCUGAACUCAUCAGUUAUCAGCUCUCAGCUCGCUCAGCUACAGUCAGACCACAGAAGCCUGACUGAGUCCAAAAACGCACUUCAAAACAAACAUGAGGAAGAUGUAAGAAAGAUCACAUCCAUGCAGUUAAAUUUGAACAGAGAGACAAGACUGAAGAAUGAACUAAACUCACAAAAACAAAAAUUAGAGGAAGACAAAAGAAAACUGCAAUCUCAAAUUUCAAAUCUUGAAGGAAACUGUGGCAAGUGUUUGCCUAACUGGGUACUGAUGAACAGCACAUGUUUUUACUUUGCUGUGUCUUCAACAACUUCACGCAACGGCUGGGAUGGAGGCAGGGAUGACUGCAAGAAAAAAGGAGCUGACUUAGUCAUCAUAGAUUCAAAGGAGAAACAGGAGUUCAUAGUAGAGAGUUUAAAAGCACUUCGGUACAACCUACCAUUUAAUUAUUACAAUGGAUUUUGGAUCGGCCUCAAAGAUGACCAUACAGAAGGGAUCUGGAAAUGGCUGAAUGGGACCACACUGAACGAAGGCUACUGGAUGGACGGGGAGCCAAAUGAUGACAGGUCUAUAGAGGAUUGUGCGGCUGUGUAUCCCACAAAUAAUCCAAUGAAGGCCUGGAAUGAUGCACCAUGUUCACACCCACUAAAAUGGAUCUGUGAGAAGGAAUUAGAUAAAAUGAUCUAGAAUUCUUAAUUAAUCAUGAAUAUGUUUAUUUUUACUCAAUCGUUAUAAUUCAUUAAAGUCAAAGCAAUAGUCUGAUUUAUUUUUAAUUAAGCACUUACUUUAUUCUCUCUCUCCCUCUCACUUACUCAUACUGAACUCUUAUUUACUAAUAUACUAUAUACUAGAACUUUGUGCUUUGGGGAAAUAGAUGGAUGUAAACUGUUGCUUUUAUAUUAUUCUAGUCAAAAACAGGGGAAGAAUUGAUGGAGUAAUAAGAAUUAUUACUUUUCAAAUUAAUUCAGACUACUGACCUGAUGUUAUUUUCUUUAAAACAGAAAUAAAUGCUGUUGAGUAGUUAGUCAUCUGUUAGAACCCUUAAAGCAAAUUAAGAAUCCAAAUUCCAAGGAAAUUUUCUUUGACUAAAUCGAUUGCUGAAAAAAAAAAGUUUGUAAAAAAAAAAUAAAUCUGCUCUCUUCUA